AGCAACUUCAACACCAUUGUUUGCAAACAUCGUGACAUUUGCAUUCAAGGCUGCACACUGCAAUGAAAUAAAUUUCCCUGGUUGUGAUGGCCUACGAAGAAGAUCAUCAUGUAAUCACACCAACAUCCCAAAUUACAUCUUCUUAGUUAUACGAUGGAUGUCAUAUAGUGCUCCUGUUCCCAGCAACUGUUCAACCUCUGCAUUACAGCUGUCUUUAGCAAUACAAGAACAAUGUCGACUGAAGUAUAUUGCCAACUCUGCGGAAUUCCAUCCAACAUUGGAAGGCUUCGUACCAGCUUAGAGCCCGUUGAAGCAGGGUGGUCCAGAGACGGUACUGGCGCUAUUCUGAAUGAGUGUGCUCCAGACUGUACCGACUGUCUUACGACUACCGACAACAACAAACAAAUUGACGUUAGAGAGUUUGACGAAGUGUUGAUCAUUGAUGAUGACGCUACGGAAGAAGAAGACUAUACUCCUGACGACGAGGAUACUCUCGACGAUCCUAUCGAAUACAUGUCUGAAGACGAACUGGACCGGUAUCUCGACGACGACAAUAUGACGGACCAGGAUAGCCACCCUACAGGCUCACAAGAGGUCUACAAAGAGUUUUUGAGUGGUCUAACAGCCACCGAUAAUAAUAUUGUUCCCUUUCCUGGUCACAGCAACCGUGCUGAUGUUGCAACAGACGAGCACAUCGCCGGUGGUCGAUGCAGGGUAACUCAAGGUUACAAUGGAAAUAAUAUAUCUGCCCAGGAGAUGCGAGGAACAUGCACUAUGCAGUUUUUGGUCCCCAAGACUGCGGAUUGGAAAUCAGAGGAUGAUGACGAGGAUUUUGAAAAGGACCCUUCCUUUCCAUAUCAUCUAUCCGGUCUCUCCGACUUUGUGUCCCUGGCCGGUACACAACAUGGUGGCGGCUUUCCUGCUCGCCACGACGUUAAAGAUGGGCACGCAACCAAUCUUUUGACGACGGAAACACAUACAAGCCAACAUAUGAUCCCUUUCCACCCAACAUGUCUGGAGAUUUACAAACGAGCGUGUCUGAAGCGACUUGGAAAGGUUGAUAUGCUCGGGUUAGUCAAUUGGUAUCGAUUGGAGGCAACCAAGACACACUUUCUUGACAACUUCCCGCGCACACCUGAAGUAGAGAAUGCCAGAGAGGAGCGAUGGAAACAUGUUUCUGGGGAUGAGUGGCUAGCGGCGAAUCCCUGCUUUAUCCCAGGGCUGAGCUCCGCAACCGAACGGGCAUCAAGCGAUUCAAACGACCUAGAGUUUGCACCGCUGGAUUCUGUUAAUGAAACAGAUGAAUUUGGAAAACUAAGCCAAGAGAUGCGGGUAGAGAUUUUAAGGGCGUUGGACCCGAAUGACACGCAGAGCUGGCACCGCUCACUCCAAUCCUUUGGCAAGAUUCACGAGUCGUACUUUCGAGAGGUGAUCUUGGUGGAUAUGCCAUGGCUCUGGGAGGCCUGGACUGAUGCUUCCUAUUCCAGCUGGGCAACGCAGAGUGAGCGCGAACUCCGAUCCAAAUGGGAUAGGCCAGAGACACAAGACCAAGCUCAGCGUGAACUACUGAUUUUGAGAUUGGAAGGCAAGUCAAAUUUGUCGAUUUAUGAACAGGUUUGGCUAGAGCAGCUCCUCCAUGAUGAAACGGAGUUUAACGCACGCCAGAAUAUUGCGCGUCAGAUAAAAUUGCCAGCGUUGGUAAAUAUGAAGGUGAACUGGAGAGAGAUAUACAUUGAGCUUCGAAAGAUAGAGUCUGUAGACAAUGGACUCCGCAACAGAAAGAGAGUCUGGGAUGACUGUAACUACAUCCUUGAUCGGGUUGCGUAUCAUACAGCAAGUGGACGAAUUGUUCCAGACAAAGUCGUUGACGGGGGCUUUUUAGAGACUGGCACGCCAGACUAUUCAGACGACGAGGAGUUUGGUGACGAGGAUGUGGAAGAGGACAGCGAAGAUGACUUUGAUGUAACAGGAGACUUGGAAAUGGGAUUCUAG